AUGAGUGUCCCAUUUCACAUGUCCCGACGAUACAUCAGCAGACAUGUUUUCAAGACGUGUCAAAUCCUGUGGGAUGUACUGCAACCACUCGAGUUGAAACCACCAACAGAAGAUCAAUGGUUCCAGAUAGCUCAUCGUUUUGGUGAUUUGUGGGAUUAUCCUUUCGCUGUCGGAGCCAUAGGUGGCAAACACAUUGCUCUUGAGAAUCCAUCCAACAGCAGAUCUAUGUACUACUGCUACAAAGGAUUCCCCAGCAUAGUGCUCAUGGCAUUGGGUGACGCAGAUUCAUGUUUCAUUCUUCUAGACUGCGGUCAGUAUGGCAGAAUUAGUGACGCCGGAGUGUACAAGACAUCCCAUAUCUUGAAGUUGCUGGAGCAAGGAAAACUCAAUAUCCCAACAGCAGCGUUCAAUGUGGACAGCACAGAAAGAACCAUUCCAUUCAUGAUUGUAGGAGACGAAGCAUUUCCUCUGAAACCAUAUUUAAUGAAGCCAUAUGCAGCAAGGACUCUGGAUCAGGAGAAGAGGAUUUACAAUUGCCAGCAUUCACGGGCACGGCGAACAGUUGAAUGCGCCUUCGGCAUCCUCGCAAAGAAAUUUGAAAUAUUUCAAAGGCCAAUGAGAGUUCAACCUGACCAAGCGAUCUUGUUAACAAAUGCUGCCGCAGUACUACACAAUUUCAUCCGCCGGCGCGACGGAAGAAUGAUUGACAGGACUUCUGAUGUGACCUACGAGGUGGUGGGGGGAGAAGGUAUAGGCAUGUUUCCCCUGGAAGCACACACCCAUGGAGGACGGCCUACUGCUGAAGCAAUGGCCGUACGGGACAGUGUAAAGACAUUUUUCAAUGACCCACAGGGAAGUGUUCACUGGCAACACAAACACGUAUUCCGAAAUGUCAUUGUAAAUGAGAUCGAUUAA